GGUUCGGUAGUGCAUGGCAAGUGCUGGCUCAGCAUGUGGUGCGCGAGCCUCGGUGCCGUCCUGGCCUUGUGCGCCGGGCUCUGGGUCUCGAACACGGGGCUGGCCUGGGGCCAGGAAGCCGGGGGCCGGCCGGGAGCCGACUGUGAAGUAUGCAAGGAAUUCUUGAAUCGAUUCUACAACUCUCUGAUAACCAGAGGAGUUCACUUUUCGCUGGAUAUCAUAGAAAAAGAAUUGAUCAGCUUUUGCAUGGAUGCUAAAGGAAAAGAAAACCGCCUGUGCUAUUAUCUAGGAGCCACAAAAGAUGCUGCCACAAAGAUCCUUGGUGAAGUCAUCCGCCCAAUGAGUGUGCACAUGCCUGCAGUGAAGAUCUGUGAGAAGCUCAAGAAGAUGGACAGCCAGAUCUGUGAGCUGAAAUACGAAAAGAAGCUGGACUUGGCAUCGGCUGACCUGUGGAAGAUGCGAGUGGCAGAGCUGAAACGGAUCCUACACAACUGGGGGGAAGAAUGUAGAGCCUGCGCAGAGAAAACUGACUACGUGAAUCUGAUCAAAGAGCUGGCCCCGAAGUACACAGCAGUACACCCCCAAACAGAACUCUGACAGAGGACACCAGCUCCCCAAGUAGCAUACUUAGAGAAAAAUUAAUGACUCUGGGAUGUGAGCAUGCUAAGGAUGAUUGGAAAUUGUUCUGUUUGCUCUCAUACUUUUUGCCUUGAUAUUAUACCUCAGAAUUUUGCUGCUUGUAUUUGUUAGUAAAAUUACCAGUGUUGCAGUUCAUACCGUUUACAUUUGAAGUGUACCAAAACCUCAAAGUG